GUGGGAGAAGCCAUCUAUUUUUUGAGUGACUUGCUUUGAUAAAUUUUUAAGUUGAAUAAAUAUAUAAUUGAAAUUUCAUGAGUCCGAAAAAGUAACUACAGCUUUUUGGAAGGCAACUUCAUUCUGUGGUGUAAUUUAGCGAGUAAUAUUGAAUGGGGUAAUAAUCAACAAUUGGCAUAGAUAGUAUAAUAAUUGUGAUUUGAUGGGGUAAUUAUUUAAAAGAUUUAAUACAAUUCCAAGUCUAUAAGAAGGGGCAGGGAGGGGUACAAAUGAGUUUGAUUAAUAUGAGAGUUGUGGAGAGGAGAAGGAUUUGGAGAGAGAAGGAAGAGAAAUAGUUUAAUUAUUGGGAUGA